CCCGGUUUUGCCGUUCACACAAAAAUGGCGGCGUCUGUCCAAUGGGAUUUCAAACUAAAAACAAAUUUAACAGCGCCAUGAAUGCAAACAAACGCCGAAGUUCCUUGCGCAAGGCGGCGCCUGUGGAAGAUGAUGCCACAACAACAAAUCAAGCGACGGUCAAACAACAAAUCAAGCGACGCAUCAGUUUCAGUGGCAAGAAGUUCGUGAGGGAAUUUGUCAACACCAAGGAGACCAACAACUGGGACGACUCGUACGAGGUGUCCGAACACAAUGCGGAGGACAGCACGGGAUCCAGAUCCGUAGCAGGAUCAGGACCACUAUCGAGCGUUUCACAAGACAAGGAGAACGUUCCUUUGCCAGGCCAUCAUGAACGAAGCGUCACCGACUCCAUCCUUAAUCUGCAGACCAGCGUGGAUGUCACCAUGCUGCCCGGCGAGACGAGGAUCUCAUCAUUGCGGAACGCCAGCAACAUCACCUCCAUCUGUCUGUCCUCCGAGGAGCGAAAGGUGCUGCAGAGCAGCCUCUACGAUCACCGGGCGAUGGACAAGACCUACGAUCUGAUGUCGCAAUCGCUGAUUACCCGCAUCCAAAGCCAAACCAGCAAUUUAGAGGAUCCCUCGUUCGAACAGCCACCAAUCGAAAGGGGAAAAAGUGUGAAUACCCCGGUAGCCAAGGGCAUAAGCGACUCCUUUAUGGACAUCACGCCAUUGGGAUUCGCUGUUCCGGCUCCUGCACCCGCUCCCGCUGUUUCUGCUUCCACAGCUGUUCCUGCUCCUACUCCUGUUGCCGCUCCUGCUCCUCCUCCUCCAGCCCAACAGAGUUUCAUGGAUCUGGAAGACGACAGCAUGAUGCGGGAAAUGCGCGAGUUUACCAAGAAGGAGAAGAAGACUCCGCUGCAGAAACCGCUUUUCAUGGAUAUAGAGGAGGCGGCAAGGGAGACCAAGAAUAAAACCCAACAUGGACCAGUUGAUAUAUCCUUCGAUUGCCCUUUAAAUGUUUCCGAGAACCGGGAUCGCUCGCCGUCGAACUCCUUUGAGAGCAACAAUAGCACCAUCAACUUCAUCAAGGAUGAGUCCAUGCUCAUACCAUUCGACAUGAUCUCGGGGAAAAACAUUAGCAAGAAACUCAAUUUUCGCCAACUGAACGAUGAGCUGGAGGCGGGAAAAAUCCAGUUGUUUCCAAAUGGUCCAAAAACGCCCACAACAGAUCGGAAGACAACGAAAAAUCGUUUUUGGCAAGGUCUGGAAGGGGAAGAUAAUAGUCCGCGGAAGGAUAUAAGAAGCAUAAAGCCACGGGCAACAUUGAAUUUCAGCGAGAAUAUGAUGAUGUCGCCGGCGCCAACAAGUCCAAAUCGAAAGGAGAAUGAUAAACUAAAGGUGAUGGAUGAUAAGCGGAAAUAUCGAUUCUCCCAGGCGGAUGAGAUGAUGCUGGACAACACAAAUUUCUUGGCUCAUGCGAAAUUGGGCGAUGAGACUCAGUCGAGAAAUAACUCCAAGAACUCUACGAGACGGGAGACAACCUAUGACAAUUCCGAGUUGAAUUUAGAAUACCCCAUAAACAGUCAGAGCUUCCAUCCAAUUCCGAGCUCCAAGCCUCGACAGACUGUUUGCAAGGCUGAGGAAAUGCAGCAGGAUCAGUUAGAGUUGCCUGCUAUUUCGGGUGUGAAAGCCGUUCCCCCACGUCGCACUUUACAUCUCAAUGAAUCCAUGGAUCAGGAAGCCACCAAGUCUAUGCAUCUGAGGAAAGAGAUUGCGGUGACCACGGAGAAGACUGUCUAUGAAAAAUCUACAAUUAGUCAGGAGAACGCUAGGAAGGGCACCGUUUGGGCUUGUACUAAAACCAAGCGCAGGGAGACCCUUUUGAUGCAGGAAAGCAUGGACAUCACCAGUCCUUGCAAGGAUCUACAUUUGGAACCCACAUCUGCUCCUGCCGUUAAUGUCCAAUCCAAAAAGAAUCACACUCUUUACUUAGCAGAGCCUUUGGAAGAAGAGGAAGUCAAAGGAAGCGAAAUAUUUCCUCUAACAAAUAUUUCCCCCAAUGAAAUCAAAUCCAAGCCGAGACAAACUAUGUUAUUAGAGGAACCCAUGGAUGAGGGUAGUGAUAUGAUAGAUCCACCUGUUUUUAAUUCGAAAAGAAAAACACUUCACUUGGCGGAACCUCUGGAAGAGGAGGAAGUCAUCCCAGACAGGCUUUUACCUACGAAAACCUUUCCGCAUCAAGAAAAGAAAUCCAAAGCCAGGCAAACUCUACUGUUAGAGGAACCCAUGGAAGAAGAAAUGUUCAAUAAAAAAAAUGAGCCAGAAGAUAAAAUAUUCCCAGUUAAGAACAUCUUGUCGAAUCAAGGAAAGAAAUCAAAUGCUAGGCAAACUCUUCUGUUAGAGGAACCCAUGGAAGAGGAUCCGUUCUUAGAAGAUCCUUUUGCAGCGAAAUCCAGACAAACUCUUACUUCAUCAGAACCCAUUGGCGAGGAUAAGUGCAUUCCGCAGCUCAAGAAUAAGUCAAUAGUAUUGCGAAAAACUUUUGAUAAAUCAACUGCACCGCAGCGACAAAAAUCAAGGCACACUCUUAUAAUGUCUGAGCCCAUUGAAGAAGAACAAGUUGCAUCCAUUCAGUGCCGAGAGCAGUCCCGCUUGAAAUCAAGAAGCACUCUUCUUCUCCACGAGCCUGUUGAGCAGGAUUUUGCACCCGAAAAGGAUGAUAAUUCAGUUGGGCAGCAUAGACCGAAGCCAAGGCAUACGCUCAUCAUGUCAGAACCCAUUGAAGAAGAUGUAGAACAGCCACGACCUGAAUCCUUUAGCGUAUUCAUGGAUAGUCAUACUGAUAAUAAGGUGCCAACUAAUAAGGCGAAUUCCCCCACUUACAAAGCAAGUCGAACUCUUCUCAUGUCAGAUCCAAUAGAUGAAGAUGUGACUGAGCUAAAAUCUAAGGGUCAAACUAAGGAACCGCUAUCCGAAGUGGGACAUAAAAACACAACUUCUAAUAGGUCCCUAAGAUCGAGAUCGACUCUUCAAAUGUCGGAAUCCAUAGGAGAUGCUCAUAAGUCUAUCGCUCAUAAAAAUGACCAUUCUCAUUAUAAGUCAAGAAAUACUAAGUUAAUGGAAGAAUCUUUUGGAGAAAUGACAAUUAAAAGCGAUAGUCGGCCAUCCAAAUCUCGCCAAACUAUCCUUACGGCAGAGUCCAUAGAGGAAGAUGAGGAAAUAUAUAAGUCUAUGGAUAACAAUAAUAAACCGUCUAAGUUAAUGUCAAAUCGCACGAAGUUUAUGGAAGAGUCCAUUAUGGAAAUUGAAUCUGAAAAACCCGUCAAGUCAUCCAAACCUCGUCAAACUCUUCAUGUGGCCGAACCCAUAGAGGAAGAUGAGGAAAUAUAUAAGUCUAUGGCUAACAAUAAUGAACCGUUUAAGUUAAUGUCAAAUCGCACGAAGUUUAUGGAAGAGUCCAUUAUGGAAAUUGAAUCUGAAAAACCCGUCAAGUCAUCCAAACCUCGUCAAACUCUUCAUGUGGCCGAACCCAUAGGGGAAGAUGAGGAAAUAAAUAAGUCGAUGCCUAACAAUAAUGAACCGUGUAGGUUAAUGUCAAACCGCACUAAGUUUAUGGAAGAAUCCACUACGGAAAUUGAAUCUAAAAAACCUGUCCAGCCAUCCAAACCUCGUCAAACUCUCCUUGUGGCCGAACCCAUAGAGGAAGAUGAGGAAAUUCAUAAAAAGCCAAAAAAUCACAUGGUCUCCCAUUUUGUCGAGGAAUCUAUGCAGGAGAUGAGAACUAAAGUGAAUGGCCAAACGAGGCGUCAGACGCUUAUUAAUGCUGAACCAAUAGAAGAGGACUUGGAGCUCCCUAACCCAAUGCAAAAUGCUAUGGAACAGUCAUUGCAAGAAUCCAGACUUACUGACCAAUCAUCUAAGAAUCGAUCUUCUAAAUCAAGACUCACCCUUGUAAUGGCGGAGCCCAUAGAGGAAGAUUCUGAGCCUGUCAAACCAAGAAAUCAUUAUAAGAGCCAACAUCACCCGAAGCCAAGAAAUACUCUGCUCACCCAUGAACCCAUUCAGGAAGACUUUGUAGCCGGAACGGGGGAAAAUUCCCUAGGGCCGCAGACAUCCAAGCACAGAAAGACGCUUCUUAUGGCAGAACCCAUUGAAGAAGAUACUAGUUUCUAUAAUAAAAGCAAGAGCAAUAACAACAGUGGGUAUAAUUUGCAAAAAAAAAAUACGAGCCACUCUAGAGGCUAUACGUCUUCCAAAUCGAGACAAACUUUGCUUAUUCCGGAACCCAUUGAGGAGGAUGAUAUUUCAUGUGGUAACUAUCAAGAAACCAAAAAUGUGACAGGAAUUACGCUGCCCUCGGCAGAAUCCGAUAAGGCAAGUGUACCCCCUCCACUUGAUGUAAAUUCAAAGCAUUUUUCCGGGGAUGAGAAUUUCAAAUGUAUUGAUGAAUCAAGGAAGACAAGAAAUACUCUUGUCCGCGCCCAAUCCAUUGAAAUUGAAAAGGACGCGAUUCCUACAGCCCAGGCCUCCAAAAGACAUACUUUGCUUUUAUCAGAACCCAUGGAUGAAGAUGAGGAAGUACCAGGACAAAAUUACCCCACAAAUGAGAAACAACUUCCUGAAAAACCAAAAAAAGGUGUGUUAAAUGGUCUCAAGGAAACUGUGUUUGGCAACUCCUUGGAAAGGGAAGAGGGAGCGGUUCCUUCCAAAGCUAAAGCCCUUCAAACCAUGCUAAUCACCCCCGUGCCCAAUACCAGGAUAUUGUCAAGAAUCAGUCAAUUCACAACCUACACGCCCGGAAUGUCCUUGACUGAGUUCGAGGAUCAGGAAGAGAUAAGCAAGAUACCGGUUUCCGAAAAAAAGCUUGUAACCUCGCAGAGAAAACAAUUUUCCACGUAUCAGCAGCAGCAGAUGGAAUUGGUGGCGGAUGCCUCCGGGAUUGGAACUCCAUUGCGCCACGCCGCGCUGAAGCGCCUGCCCUUCCAUCUCACACCCAAUCUUCCAGAGUCCAAGAAACGGCAUACACAUCUGUUAACGGAUAGCAACAUGGAAAUUACAAUGGAGGAGGAGCAGGAAGGUGCCUGGGGGACGACAAAACCAAUGUUGGAGGCAGGCACAAGUAAAUGCCGCAGGACCUUCACGGUAAAUCCAAUGGACGCGUCGGUGCAGGCAGUAAGAGAUUUUCAUCCUGCCAUGACUGAGUUGAAUAAAAAGAGCUCUCUAGACAUGCUGGAGUUGUCAACAAAGUUGGUAUAUAACACAGAUCUGGAUGAUAAGCCCAUAACUAUCUCGGAUGUGACCAAUUACUUUCAGCAGCAGAAAGAGAUGCAGCGCAGAUCUAGCGAAAGGGAGAGUGGCAGCUCCAACGAAAGAACUUUUAGGAGCUAUGCUGCCACGAACUUGAAAUUCAUCAACCUGACCGGGAACACCACCACCUUUGCAGGCGCUCAGGAUGUGGAUGGGGAGCAGAAGGAGCCAUCCAUUGAGAUAGACAACGUGCGGCUCAGCCUGGUUUCCACGCUGGCCGAGGAAACGGACGAUGAGGGUGUGGAGGAGGAGGAGGAGUGCCAGGAGGAGCAUCCACCAAAAACGGAACUGUGUGAGGAUCAGCCAGUGGUUAUUGCCGGCAGCAGCCGCUCCUGCAAGAAGUGCACAAAUUGCAAUCAAUCCUUAAGCGAAACGAAGCUAAGUAACGACUCCUUCGUCCUGCCUCACAAGAAACUAUGGGACUUCUCACGGCAACAACAGCGGUUGAGCAUCAUUAGGCAGAAACCCACAAUGAAGGAGGUCAACCUGUACUGGGAGCUCGAGGAGCAGAACCGCAUGUCAAGGUGCCACGAAACAGACGAUUCAAUGGAUCAAUCGAGAGUAGAGGACGAGCCAACCCCUUGGGACAAAGCGACGCUUUUGGAUCUGUGCAAGAUACGAGUUGGUCCACCGAAGGCCAUAGACAGGCCCACGGAAUCCUUCUUUGAACGCCUCAAAUGUUUGCUGGCCGAGCAGCAGCCAAACUGGAUCUGUGACUUCCAACGCAAGAUAUCCCAGCAAAUGAUAUUUUACCACCGCCUGCUAACCACGUUUCGAAUUGUAGUCAACUACAAAAUCGAGGACAUGGCGGGAGAGUCUGCCAUUAGUGUGUGCUUCAUUGAGUUGGACAACGAGGUGAUCACUCGAAAGGAACACUGGACAUCGGGCGAGCACCUUUUAAACUUUCAACUGAGUCUCAGGUUGCCGCUCAAUCUUAUUGAUGCCAUCGAAGGCAGUGAUGAGACAGCUUUUCUAAAGUUCCUCAAACAUAUUGAUCAGAAAGUUGUGGAGAUCAAGCAAACGUUCCACAGUCUUCUGACCGUUUUAACGGAGAAGAGGGCGAGGCUCCUAAGAGAAGCGAAUCGUACGAUUGUAAAAAAGAUUGUGCGGAAAUGCAUAGAAGACGAACCGCUUGUGCGUCUGGAGAAGACGAGUUUCGUUAUUGAAGUUUCAAAUAUCGAGGAAGUGUCCUUCAUGGACAUUCUGCGCCCCGAACUGCAUCUUUUCAAUGAAAACAUUCAGUAUCUGCCAAAGGGAAUUGCCUUCCUGGAAGCAUUUCUUACCAACCCCGAGCAGUACCUUAAAAAAUAAAUAUGUAGAAUGUAUAUUUAGAACACCUUAUUUUGCUACUUGUAUAAAUUUAAAAUAAAUACGUUCUUUUUACCAAAUAUAUACCAAUAUAUAACAGCCAUCCGUCGGGCUUUCAACUACUCAAAUAUGUUACUACCAGUUUGAUAGACUUUAAAAGUUAAGGUUCUUAAGAAACCCCAAAUAUAGCAAA